GGGUCACACACCUUGCCUGCCACUCUGAGGCUGUGAGUGACCCUGCCUGGCCUCCUGCCAGGGCCAGAGGAGGGAACCUGUGCCACAUGUGUGGCCAGGAGGGAGGCCCGCCCUGGAGCAGGGCGGUGAGCCCAAGGCUGCGUGGAACUCUGUGCUGAGAGUAUGGUCUCCAGCUCCGGCCCGUGUGUGCAUCUGGCCUGGGGAGCUCCCUGGACCUGGGCCCAGCUCCCUGCACCUGGACUCACAGACCUCUGGGACAGCGGGCAUCUGCACACGGAGCACCUGUGAUGUGGCUGACCUCAGCCCGCCUGCAGGCGGCGCUGGACGGAUCGAUGCAAGCCAAACGAUGACCAGUUGCGGCCCGCGGUCCCGGAACCUGCUCGCCCUGCUCCUGUCCUUGCUGAUCUCUGCAGCCUCCUCCGCACACUUCCGGGUCUGCGAGCCGUACACAGACCACAAGGGCCGCUACCACUUCGGCUUCCACUGCCCCCGGCUCUCGGACAACAAGACCUUCAUCCUCUGCUGUCACCAUAACAACACGGUCUUCAAGUACUGCUGCAGCGAGUCCGAGUUCCAGGCCGUGAUGCCGGCGAACCUCACCGCCAGCUCCGAGGGCUACAUGCACAAGAUUUCACGUGGAAUACACCACCCUUCCAGCACGGGCCCCGCUCUCUGCUCACGAGCAGCUGGACCACAGCGGAGGCCUCCCUGGAGACGCUGGGAGAGCGGAAAGUGGACUCUCAGCUGGAGCUUUUACUCCUUGACCUCAGGGGGCACUCGCUGCGGCCUCCCAGGCAGGCUGUGCGCCUCUCCCUCCUGCCAGAGGCCACCAGCAGCCCCUCCCCGGCCCCUUUUACACUCCAGGAAGAAAUGCACAGAGCAGCAACUACACCGCCCUGCUGGGCGUGUGGAUCUACGGCUUCUUCGUGCUGCUGCUGCUGCUCCUGGACCUGCUCUAUUACUCCGCCAUGAACUACGACGUCUGCAAGGUCUACCUGGCGCGGUGGGGCAUCCAGGGCCGGUGGAUGAAGCAGGACCCGCGGCGCUGGGGGGACCCCGCCCGGGCCCCGCAGCCCCAGCCUCCGCCGGGCGCCCUGCCGGCUCCCCGCGCGGUGCACGCGCCGCGGGGCGACGCCCACAGUCCACCGCUGAUGUCCUUCCAGAGCUCGUCUGCCUGAAAACCUUUCUGCCGUGCCUCAGGAUGGGGGCGGUGACAUCCGAAGCACCCGGCGCAGCCUCCAAGAACAACUCCGACCGAGUCGCCAGGGAAAGCCGAGAUGGAGGCGGCGGCAGAGGAAGAAAUGCCGCCAGUGCCCAAAACCCCUUCCGUGGACUUCUAAGAUUAGGAGCAAACUCAGGGCCGGGGGCAGGGGUGCAGAGGAGGGGUUCCUAGCCACCCGUCCGCAAGCAAUAGUUCCCUUUUGGGCUGGUGGCUUCUGAGGGUGACUUGUGUGGACUCGGGUGACAAACCCAAAGUGACCCUGGCCGACUGGAGCCAGAAGGAUCCAGGCUGGCGCGUCCUACCCGGGGUCCCAACCCCGCAGCCUCCCCACCUCUGCCCUCCAGUAGUGGCCCCGUAGGCCCGAGGUGUCAGGGUACCAGGUGUGAGUGUGCGUGUGUGUGUGUGUGGUGCGGGUGUUCUUCCUGUGUGUUCGUCUGAUUAGUUUUUACUGGGGUCCCCCUGCAGGUCCUCUGAGGGCACAGGGCACUGUGUGGCUGGGGUUCCCGCCAGUGUCCUUGUCUGGGGCCCAAGCUUCUGGCUGCAGUGAGCCCCUGAGAACCAGCUGGAGCCGGCCCUGCACAGGCCAGCUGGGAGCCGGGGUGGCACUGGGACGGGAACGUGCGGCAGGCUGGUUCUUGGGGAGCUCGUCACACCACGGGAUGAGGAGGGCACGCCCAGCUGGCCGUGUGGAAGCUGCCCGGUGGGUUUUCUUGCACAUCUCACACCGCAGGGGCAGCUCGGGGCAGGCAGGGUGCACAGGGCCCAUGGCCAGUGGGGCCGCCCUCGGGUGCAAGGACCCCCAGUGCUCCGCACGGCCCGAGCGCCUCCCGAUGCCUUCUCAGUGGUCAGCCGUGCCCAGCUCCCCGCGGCUGUCCAGGUCUCACUCACUCGGCCACCAGGUCAAGCACCUGCCACGUGUCGGGCCCCAUGCCAGGCAGUGAUGGGGACGAGAGGUGAAUCAGGCCUCGUCUCUGGGAAACACGAUGGUCUUUGCCAGACAGGGUGACAAGGCCCAUGGAAACCCAGGGCGGAAGGUUCUAGAAAUCCUCCACUUUAAGUUGGGACUUCCACGUGAACCUGUAACAUUUGCCCACAGAGCUCACCCUCACCACCCCUGCCCCGCCACUGCCCCCUGGCAGCCAGGGAAGACCACCCCGGGGCGCCAUCCCAUCGACCCCCAAGGGCCAGGCUGCCGUGUAGACGUGCUCCGUACACAGUGUUAGGCCAAAUCCUCCCAGCUCUUAGCUCGGUGGCCCUGCUCAAUAAACGUGUG